ACUCUAGGGUUUUGUUGACUUGUCAUCAUCGUUCAGGAAUCAGGACAAAAUAUGGCUCUGCGAUCUGUCGUUUCACUCACUGGACUCCGUCGUUUAACGGACGGUAGCUCACCGGUCGGCCGAUCAUCGGCCAUGAGUCUCCGUUGCUUCAGUGAUGGAUCGGGUCGGGUCCUCAGCGAGGAAGAGCGUGCCAAAGAGACAGUCUAUAUUCAAAAAAUGGAGAAGGAGAGGCUGGAGAAGAAGAAGAAAGCAGAAGAGAAAGCCAAAGCUGAGGGAGAGAAAUCGGGGAAGAGCAAGGAAGAAGGAACUCACUAGAGCUGAAGUGGACUGGAGCUCUGACUUGUUGCAUUCUUGCUUCCAUGUAGUGAUGGCAAAAUAAAUGUGUUGUGCAAAACAGCAAAAUCAUAAGUCAUAAAGAGUCUUGCCUUUGUGUAAUUGUUGCAACUUGCAAGUCUAUCUUCUUCAUUCAUCAGUGCUACUUAGAUAUGCGUUACUGUUCCUUCA